UGCCGCCGGUAACAACCAAAGUCUUUUAACUCUCUAGUCUUGCGAUUCCGUUCUCUCUCGUUGCGAGGAAAUUAGGGUUUCUAGGGUUUUUGCGUAUUUGGUGUUCCAAAAUGCAACAACAGUCGAUGCAAAUGAUGAAAAGUCCACCAGGUUCCAUCUCAACUGAGGAAGUUCAAAAGUUACUAGAUGAAAACAAAAGUUUGAUUUUGGCAAUACUGGAAAAUCAAAAUAUUGGAAAAUCUACCGAGUGUGCCCUCUAUCAAGCGCAGCUUCAGAACAACCUGAUGUUUUUAGCUGCCAUUGCUGAUGCCCAACCAACAGCUCCAACAGUGCCUUCACAGAAUCCCUUGCAAUCAGUUGUGCAACAAGAACAUUACAUGCAGCAAGCUGAAGCCGCAACACCUCUGCAGCAACCCAACCCAAAGUUCCCUUUCCAGCUAAAUAAUACCCCCCUUUCAGUCUAGAGAUCAACAACAACAUCAGCUUCUACUCCAACAGCAGCAAAUUGCCCAGGGCCAGGGGCACAUGGGAAUGUUACCUGGCGCAAACACUAGCCUGCAUCAAGCCUUGCAAACUGGACUUAGUUCUAAAAGUGGUUUGAUUGACACACAGGGAAGCAGGCAAGAUGCUUACGAGGCUGUUUCUCGUGGCAGCCUGGGGAAAAUGGCUUCUGGACGUGGUAGUGGGGGAAGAGGUUCCAAAUUCUGAUAUAUUUACAGCUUUCUCUUUUUAAUUCCUUAGGUAUCUUGAUCUUUGGAAAUCUAUCGUGCUGCACAUCUCUUUACUAUACAUGCCAGCACAUCUGCUCUAACAGAUGACGUAUUUUGACUCCUUUUAACGUUUUGGUGGGAGAGGCUUUGGCAUUGCCAUGGCAGCCAUUUUCAUCGUUACAUGGUUGGUAGCAGUCACUAUUAAUACAAGAUACUGCAUGUUGUAUUCAA